AUUCAAAGACAAUUAUCAUCUACAAUAAAGACAAAACUCGUCCCUUUUUAUCUACACACACACAACUCUUCUCCAAUUCGAUACAUAUCACAUCCUCCUUACACAAUGUCUUCCAACACCUUCCACACCACCACUGAAGACCUCCGCAAGGCGGAAUCCAAGCUCUCCAACGCCCACGGUGGCAACCCCCCCAAGGACUCCGACGUCUCCGCCAUGAAGUCCGUCCUCGAGCACAAUACCAACAAGCAGGCCGAGAUUGACCAGACCAAGGCCAACCUCCCCUUGCCCGACCAGCCCCCCAAGCCCAGCGACUGGAACUCCGCCGACCAGCGCACCGUCAACGUCGGCUCCGGCCGCACGGAGGCCCCCGUCUCCUUCGAGAACAACAGCGCUCUCCGCGAGCCCGCCACGGCAAGCAGCAGCGUCCGUGAGAACGGCGAGGAGUGGCACCACAACACCGCGCCUUUGAGCAACGUCGGUCGCCAGGCUAAGGAUAACCUUGACGGUCUUCCUCGUGAUGCUCUGGCCCGGUAAAUGAGAUGAUGUUGGGAGUUCUGUUUUACUUGCUUUGGUUUCGGGAGUGAACUACUGUGAUUCACGGCUUAUGAUGAAGAUAAUGAUUUCUUUUCUUGCAUGUACUAGUAAUUUGAAUGACCAGUACUUUUGAGCAUG